AUGAAAAAUAUGAAGGCCGUGGUAUACCAUGGUCCCUUUGAUGUUAGGGUCGAAACAAGACCCACCCCUAAAGUCGUUCACGACACAGAUGUCAUAUUGAAAGUGAAAUACAGUGGUCUCUGUGGCACAGAUCUCCAUUCAUAUCGCGGUCAUAUUCCUGGUCCAUGCGGUACAAUUAUUGGCCAUGAGUUUUUGGGUGAAGUGGUUGGUAAGGGAAACAAGGUUAGCAAGUUCAAGGUUGGGGAUGAAGUAUUAAGUGUUUUCACUAUCCAAUGUGGCGAGUGUUUCUAUUGCAAACAUGGAUAUACUGGAACAUGCGUUAAAACAAAUACCUUUGGUAAGACUGGAUUGGAUGGAGGUCAGGCGGAGUAUGUUAGAGUCCCACAUGCUGAAAACACUCUUUUGAUGAAGCCAGCCCAAACCUCAUCAUCUUCUAUUGUUGAUGAUUCUAUUUAUGUCUUGAUGGCUGACAUCUUUGUUACGGGUUAUUAUGGGGCUAAAAAGAUCUUAAAUUUCUUGAACCAAGAAGCACCUCAAGGAUAUAGGAAACAAACCACCAAAGAUGUCAAUUUACUUUUGGUGGGUGCUGGGCCCGUGGGUCUUUGUGCACUCAAAGCCUUACAGAGUUUCGGUUUCACUAACAUUGUUGUUGUUGAUAGCAUUCCUUCACGGUUACAGCAAGCUGAAAGCUUUGGGGCCAAGAAGGUCAUUAACUUCGAAGAACAGCCCGAUACAUUGGCAAAUUAUGUGAAGAGUGACUUGAAUGGCAUUGGUUUUGAUGGUGUAUUGGAAGCAGUUGGAGCCAACUCAAGUUUAAGAUCAGCCUAUGAAUCAGUUAGAAAUAACGGCAUUAUUUCUGCUCUUGGUAUGCCCCACGAUGCUCUUCCAUUUACAGGGUUGGAAUGUUAUGUGAAAAAUAUCAAUAUUUCUUUUGGACGAUGCCAUUGCUGGGCCUACUUUGCUGAAGCAUUGGCAGUAUUUGAAAAGACCAAAGAUCUGUUUGCUGGUUUCAUCGACCACAAGUGUGCCAUUGAAAACGCUCCGGAAGCUUAUAAACUCUUUGAUGAACAUAAAGUAAAUAAGGUUGUUUUUGAUUUCACUACAUAG